AUGAUUAAGUGGAAGAGACUCUGCCAGAAGCAUUACCUGUGGGCUCUAGGCUGCUAUAUUCUGCUGGCCAUUGUUGCUCUGCGACUUUCUCUCAGAUUGAAAUGUGACUCUGAUCAUCUGGAUCUGGAGUCCAGGGAAUUUCGUAGCCUGCGCUGUAGGGGUAUCUUGUACAAGUCCCUGAAGCUGCCAGCAGGGAGGUCCAUCGACUGUCCAGGGAUCACCCGGGGGUACCAGGAAGCAGUGAGCCAGGCUAUGCUGAAUAAACUGGAGGUCAAAAAGAAGCGGGCACCUUUCACAGAUGCUGACUACCUCUAUAUGACUAGAAACUGUGAGCACUUUAAGGCCAAGAGGAAGUACAUACAGUUUCCACUGAGCAAAGAGGAGCUAGACUUCCCUAUUGCAUACUCUAUGGUGGUUCAUGAGAAAAUUGAAAGCUUUGAAAGGCUGCUGCGAGCUGUGUAUGCUCCUCAGAACAUAUACUGCAUCCACAUGGAUGAGAAGUCCCCAGAAACUUUCAAAGAGGCAGUCAGGGCGAUUACAUCUUGCUUCCCAAAUGUCUUCAUAGCCAGUAAGCUGGUUCGGGUGUUUUAUGCUUCCUGGUCCAGGGUGCAGGCUGACCUGAACUGCAUGGAAGACUUGCUCCAGAGCUCAGUGCCAUGGAAAUACUUCCUGAAUACAUGUGGGACAGACUUUCCUAUAAAGACCAAUGCUGAGAUUGUCCAGGCCCUCAAGAUGUUGAAUGGGAAGAACAGUAUGGAGUCAGAGAUACCUACUGAGUACAAAAAAAUCCGCUGGAAAUAUCACUAUGAGAUGACAGACCAAUUAUACAUAACCAGCAAGAAGAAGGAUCCUCCCCCUAAUAAUGUAACUAUGUUUAUAGGGAAUGCCUAUAUUGUGGCUUCUCGAGACUUCAUUCAACAUGUCUUAAAGCACCCCAAAUCCCAACAACUGAUUGAAUGGGUAAAAGACACCUACAGCCCUGAUGAACACCUCUGGGCCACCCUUCAGCGUGCACCAUGGAUGCCUGGCUCUCUUCCCUACCACCGCAAGUAUGACAUCUCAGACAUGACUGCCAUUGCCAGGCUGGUCAAGUGGGAGGGACAUGAGGGAGAUGUCAGUGAGGGGGCACCUUAUGCACCUUGCUCUGGAGCCCACCAGCGGUCUGUCUGUAUUUAUGGAGCUGGGGACCUGCACUGGAUACUUCAAAACCAUCACCUGUUGGCCAACAAGUUUGACCCAAAGGUGGAUGAUAAUGUUCUUCAGUGCUUAGAAGAGUACUUGCGUUAUAAGGCCAUCUAUGGGACUGAACUCUGA